AUGGGGGAUUCCCCGGGAACGGGUCAGACGGAAUCCACGCCGGAAGCGUCCCAAACGUUGAUGUCGUCUGCCUCGCCUCAUAAUCUGGUUCCGCCGCCGCCAUCUGAUUCCUCAAAAGAAGACCGUCAAGGGUCGUCGUCGUCGUCGUCGUCGCAAGAACAGCCACAGCAGAUCCCGUCAAAACGAGCCUCUCUCCCUCCACGUCCUCCUGGUGGUGCCCCCCGUCAUACCAAGCGUUUGACCUUGAACUUCCCCAUCAAUAUCCCUCAAGGAGCGGCCUUUGAUCCUAGCGCCUCGUCCUCACCCGCAGGACCCAUGACACCCAUUGCUCGAUCGUCCGCUCGCCAGUCCCCGGUGCACACCAUUUCCACACCAGCCCCGUUUGACGGCCAAGAUGAUGGGUCAAGCCUUUUGACUGCGAUCGCCUCGCAGGAGCGCAAGGUGCUCGAGCUUCGCGAAGAGCUCCACCGGGCGGAGUCGGAACUGGAUUCCCUGAAGAAACAAUGGACGUCGUCGGAGAAAAGCAAAAAACGGACGGAGAUCCAUCAUCGCGCCGAACAAUUACUUCCGCUCAAGUCCCCCGAUAGAAUAUCCACGGAGAACCUGGUCAACAGUAGCACACACAGUAGGGAAGAAAGCGCCAGCGGCGCCUCAACCCCUUCGAUCGUGGCCCAAGCCAGACUCAGCCGGGAGCUGGAACGACGACAAACUGUGCUCGCAGCUGCGGCCACGCAUGGGACUACAAUAUCUGCAAACGGGAGACGAGUCUUUCAAGGCUCCCAUGCACGUACCCUGUCUUUACUCUCCCCCACUCUGGGUUCUGCUGGCAGCAAGCGGAUCGGAUCGGAGUCCGGAUUAGGCGCAGUGGAUAAUGAGCGUGUAGGCCGGCCUCCACGAUCAGCCACUAUGCCUUCGGUCGACCGAAGCCCUGUCCCUCCUUCUGCUAUGGCGCCGACAGAGGAUAUGAUCUCACAGUGGCGCAAGACGAUGCCUCCGCCCUCACGGGACCUCCUCUUGCGCACCGGCAAACAAAUGGCAUCGGACCUGAAAGAAGGACUCUGGACAUUUUUGGAAGACAUCCGACAGGCUACAGUGGGAGACGAAGGGAUUUACGCCACCGAGUCACGGACGAUGCAGCCACCCCGAAAUCGGGAUUCAAGCUCGACCUCACGAAGCCGAGAUCGAUUGUCCGUACAAGGACGCAAGCCCUCACGAUCACCGUCAUCGGGAAAGAAAUCGGGGGCAAACACAACUGGUAAAGACUCCAAGUCGGCGGACAUAGACGCGACGUUCUGGAGUGAAUUCGGCAUUGAUUCACCUGGGCAGAAGUCUCCCAACGCUCACAGUACCUCCAAGGGCCCCAGCAGGCCGAACGCACCAGAAGAUCCAAGCCUCCUCGACGUUGAUGAGAGCUGGGAUGACUGGGAUACACCACAGCCCAAAAAGACGCAUACUCCGUCCUCGAGUCGGUCUACGAUAGAGUCGAAGCCGGAUCAGUCACCCACGACUCAGAAUAGCAGUCCUCGUACCAGCACUAGUUUCGGUGACUGGGGCCAUGAUAUCUUUGACCCCAGCGUAGCUGACGGCAUCCCCUGGCCUGCCAUUACGAAAAUGGCACCUUCCAAGCUAGCCCGGACAGCAUCAAACUUGAUGGCCGAAUGGGAGCGAAGUCUUUCUCCUUCAUCUGAGCGCAACAGCCCGCUGUCCUCUUCAGCCCCUGGAAAAGACAGCAAGAAAGACUGA